AUGAAAGUUUCCAGCCAAGGGCCUCUUGGCAGAAAUGCUUUUGAAGUUUUUAACAGUAUGCAACUUCAAAGACUACCCGUAACUAAGUAUGUUUAUCCCAAAAUUUUAAGUGCCUGCACCAACCUCUCAUCCAUUCAGCGAACACAUGCUUUGAUCAUUAAAACUGGAUUAGAGUGGGAUGUAUAUAUAGCAAGUACCCUUGUCCACGUUUACGGCAAGUGUGGUUAUCUGGAGAAUGCGCGCCAAGUGUUUGACAAAAUGCCUCAGCGAAAUGUAGUAUCAUGGACUGCUAUGAUGGUCGGCUGUGUGCAUGCAGGAUAUGCUCAGGAUGCUUUGCAGAUGUACCAAGAAAUACAAAUCCAGGAACAAACCAUAAGGAUUAAUUCUAAGUGUUUUGCAAUUGUACUUAGUGCCUGUGCUCACUUGCAAGCAAUGCAACAGGGUAUGCAGCUCCAUGUCCACAUUAUCAAAACAGGAUUCCACACUAGUCUGUCUGUUGGGAAUGGACUGGUCAGCGUGUAUGCCAAAUGUGGAAAUACCCGUUACACCUGCAAGGUGUUCGAUGAAAUGGAUCAACGGGAUUUAGUAUCAUGGAAUGCAGUAAUUUCUGGAUAUACUCACAGUGGAAAGGAUAAGGAAGCGCUGCAAUAUUAUUGUAGAAUGCAACAAAGUAAUAUAGAACCAGAUUCAAUCACUCUGUCCAGUGUUGUUAGUUCAUGUGCCAGCUUAGAAGGACUGGAACAGGGCAAGCAGAUACAUGCUAAAAUAAUUCAAAUUGGAUUCGAACCCAGUGUUUCUGUAGGCAAUUCCCUUAUUACUAUGUAUGCUAGAUCCGGUAGCAUGGAGGAUUCAAUCCAAGUUUUUAAAUAUAUGUCCCAGAAAGACCUGACCUCUUGGAAUGCUGUGGUUGGAGGAUAUGUUCAGGGUUGUCAAUUUGAAAAGGCUAUUGAGCUUUUUAACCAAAUGCACGACAUGGUAGGUGAGAUGAAUCACAUCACAUUUGCUACCAUUCUAGGUGCAUUUAAUAGCCCACAAAGUUUAAUAAAGGGCAUGCAAUUGCAUGCUCAUCUCCUUAAGGCUGGAUUUGCAGCAGAGGCAAUUGUAAGGAAUGCGCUUCUUACCAUGUACGCAGACUGUGGAAGCAUAGAUAAUGCUAGCAACUUCUUUUCUGAAAUGCCUAAAGAAGAUGUGGUCUCCUGGAAUGCAAUGAUUGCUGGAUAUACCCAAAAUGGCCUUGGUAAGGAGUCGCUCAAACUCUUUUCCCAAAUGCAUCGUAUAGGCAUACACAUCAAACCUGACAAUUUCACCUUUGCCACAACUCUCACGUCGUGUGCAAGCUUAGCAACUUUGGAGAAUGGUAAGCAGGUUCAUGCAAGUAUAAUGAGAACUGGAUUUUAUUCGGAUAUCUUUGUUGAUACUGCCCUUGUUGAUAUGUAUGCAAAAUGUGGCAGCAUAGAGGAUGCGGAGAAAGUCUUUAACAGCAUGUUUGAACCAAGAGAUUUUUCCUGGAAUACCAUGAUUGCUGGAUAUGCUCGGCAUGGUUAUGCUGACAAAGCGUUGAAAAUCUUUUUUGAAAUGCAAGAAGCAGGCUUAAAACCAGACCACAUCACAUUCGUUAAUGUUCUUUCUGCAUGCAGCCAUACUGGUCUAGUGGAUGAAGCUCGCAGCCACUUUGAUUCAAUGAAAAGGAAUUAUGGAAUCACACCAAGAGUAGAACAUUAUGCCUGUAUGGUUGAUAUCCUUGGUCGUUGUGGAUUUUUGGAUGAAGCUGAAUCUUUUAUUAAAAAAAUGCCACUACAACCUAGUGCUUUGAUAUGGCGUAUUCUUCUUGGUGCAUGCAGAGUCCAUGGCAACCUUGAUAUAGGAAAACGUGCGGCAGAAUGCGUACUUGAGUUGGAGCCACAGGACGCUGCCACUCAUUUGCUGCUUCAACAGAUAUAUGCUACAGGUGGAAAUUGGGAUGACGUAGCAAAAGUGAGAACAUUGAUUAAAAACCUUGAAGUGAAAAAAGAACCAGGAUGCAGUUGGAUUGAAAUCAACAACAGGGUUUAUGUAUUCGUUGCCGAAAGCAGAAGGAGUGGAAGGAAAUACCAGGGUGAGAAGUUGGGCGGCUUCUAUUCACCACGGGUGUACAAGAAAAUGGGGACUCAAAAUGGCAUGUAUCUGGAAUAA